AUGUCAGACGCGACCGAGCGCCAAACGCUCUUGCCUUCCUCUGACACCCGUCAUCCUCUCUCGCAACCUCCGCUCACUCGAUCUGGAAGCUCAGCAACACUGAUAGCAUCGAACUAUGGCGCGGUCGACAGAGAUACGGACUCACAACCACCAAAACCGAAACCAGAGCAGGAGCUGCAUCACAAGCAGUUUCAUGAAAUAUGGGCUUUAUUUAUGGGCCUGGCGUUUGCUGUAUUUUGCUCAGCCCUCGGCGCGACUAUCGUGGCCAAUCUCACUAUCGAGAUCGGCUCGUACUUUCAUGCCGGUUCUCUGUCUUCAUGGCUCGGUACAGCCUUCCUCUUGGGUCUCACGGCUAUGACUCCUCUAUACGGUCGUCUCGCGCAAGUCAUGGGCCGAAAAGGGUGCAUGCUUCUGGCUUUGACCUUCUUUCUGAGCAAGUCCCUUUCAACUCUUGUGUUCAUGCUGUUCGCCAGAGGCGUUGCGGGAGCAGGAAGUGGUGGCAUCUUGACCGUCACCGCCAUCAUCAUCUCCGACCUCGUCUCCCUCGCUGACCGUGGCCUCUACCAAGGCGGUAUCAACCUCCUCUUCGGUGGCGGAUCUGCCUCCGGUGCCAUCCUCGGUGGAUACAUCUACGACAAAUUUGGCUGGCGGGCGGCUUUCUGGGUACAGGUGCCGCCGGUCUUAUUUUCGUUUGUGAUGGUCAUCUGGAAGGUAGACGUGGGGAGAGAAGAAGGUGAAGAUGCUGGAGGAAAGACGGCUUGGGAGAAGGUGAAGGGUAUAGAUUGGUUGGGGAGUUUUGUGCUCAUGAUGGGAAUAUCGAGCUUCUCCAUAUUCUCAUCGCUUUUCACCUCUUCUCAGUACCCCUUCCUCCACCCUCUCCCGCUCUCACUGUUGAUCACUUCCAUCGUCGCCUGUCCCGUCUUCUACGUUGUGGAGAAACGUGCACACCAGCCCAUCCUGCCUCUCACGCUGCUCACCCGGGCACAGCCGAGUAUCGUUCUUGCAGGAUUCGUGUCUACUACUGCCACCAACUUUUCUCGACUGUAUAUGCAACCGGUCUACCUGCAUGUUGUGAGAGGGUUGAACGGUUCCGAGACGGGGUUGCUUCUCAUCCCGAGCUCUAUUGCUGGAUCGUUCUCUUCCCUAUAUGCCGGAUGGCACAUGAAGCACUGGAAAGAAUACAAAUGGUUCCAAGUCUGCACAUCACUCAUCCCAUGGCUUCAAGCUCUCUCAAUCAUGAUCGGCUGGGGUCCCGAGACGAGUGCGACUAGGCUGUGGAGUGAGAUGGCCCUUGGGUCCUUGGGAGGAGGCGCUACCAUCACUACCCUCUUGAUUGUCGGCGUCGCCAUCUCCUCCGCUAUCCAACAAUCCAUCCUCAUCUCUUCCCUCUCUUCGCGCUUCCCUUCAAACCCAGAUCUCGUCAGAAAGUUGAUCCAGGAGCCGGCAGAGAUCAUGCCUUUGUUGGGGGUGGAAGACGCGUGGGAGGCGAGGCUGGCUUAUCUGGAUAGUAUCAGGGGAGUGUUUGGGUUCGUGGUGAUUGGAGGGAUUGCGUUGACGGGGGUUUGUAUCAUGAUCAGAGGGAGGAAGCUUUGA